AAACGCUGCCUGCGUAAGAGUCAGGGCUCCAGCAGACCCUGAAAGCUGAGCUGUCCAGACCCCCGAAGUGAAGAAAAGAGGCGAGGGCAAGGGAGGGCCAGAACCAGGGGAGAGAGAAAGGAGGGGCAGCCCACCAGCCCGCUGUCUCGCCACAGAACCGGCUCAGCUCCAACUCCAGGAGUCACUCAGCUGCAGAGGCAGUGGCAGCCCUACUCCUCAGGCAAAGGGCAGCAGACAGACAGACAGAGGUCCUAGGACUGGAGGUCCUCAGGCAUUGACCACUCAGCCUGGCCCAGCCCCAUGGCCUUCAAUGACCUCCUGAAACAGGUGGGGGGUGUCGGACGCUUCCAGCUGAUCCAGGUCACCAUGGUGGUUGCUCCCCUACUGCUGAUGGCUUCCCACAACACCCUGCAGAACUUCACUGCUGCUAUCCCCGCUCACCACUGCCGCCCACCUGCUAAUGCCAACCUCAGCAAAGAUGGAGGUCUGGAGGCCUGGCUGCCCCUGGACAAGCAAGGACGACCCGAAUCUUGCCUCCGCUUUCCUUUCCCGCACAAUGGCACAGAGGCCAAUGGCACCGGAGUCACAGAGCCCUGCCUUGAUGGCUGGGUCUAUGACAACAGCACCUUCCCUUCAACCAUCGUGACUGAGUGGAACCUUGUGUGCUCUCAUCGGGCCUUCCGCCAGCUGGCCCAGUCCCUGUUCAUGGUGGGAGUGUUACUGGGAGCCAUGAUGUUUGGCUACCUGGCGGACAGGCUGGGCCGUCGGAAGGUGCUGAUCUUGAACUACCUGCAAACAGCUGUGUCGGGAACCUGUGCAGCCUAUGCACCCAACUAUACUGUCUACUGCAUUUUCCGGCUCCUCUCGGGCAUGUCUUUGGCUAGCAUUGCAAUCAACUGCAUGACACUAAACAUGGAGUGGAUGCCUAUUCACACCCGUGCCUAUGUGGGCACCUUGAUUGGCUAUGUCUACAGCUUGGGCCAGUUCCUCCUGGCUGGUAUCGCCUAUGCUGUGCCCCACUGGCGCCACCUGCAGCUUGCGGUCUCUGUGCCUUUUUUCGUUGCCUUCAUCUACUCUUGGUUCUUCAUUGAGUCAGCCCGCUGGUACUCCUCCUCUGGAAGGCUGGACCUCACCCUCCGAGCCCUGCAGAGAGUGGCCCGCAUCAACGGGAAACAAGAAGAGGGGGCUAAGCUGAGUAUAGAGGUGCUCCAGACCAGCCUGCAGAAGGAACUGACUCUAAACAAAGGCCAGGCCUCCGCCAUGGAGCUGCUGCGCUGCCCCACGCUUCGGCGCCUCUUCCUCUGCCUCUCUAUGCUGUGGUUUGCCACUAGCUUUGCCUACUACGGGCUGGUCAUGGACCUGCAGGGCUUUGGGGUCAGCAUGUACCUUAUCCAGGUGAUUUUCGGCGCUGUGGACCUGCCUGCCAAGUUUGUGUGCUUCCUAGUCAUCAAUUCCAUGGGCCGCCGGCCUGCACAGUUGGCCUCCCUGCUGCUGGCAGGCAUCUGUAUCCUAGUGAAUGGCAUAAUACCGAGGGGCCAUACAAUCAUUCGCACAUCCCUGGCUGUACUAGGGAAAGGCUGUCUGGCUUCCUCUUUCAACUGCAUCUUCCUGUACACCGGAGAGCUGUACCCCACAAUGAUUCGGCAGACGGGCCUGGGCAUGGGCAGCACCAUGGCCCGGGUGGGCAGCAUAGUGAGCCCACUGAUAAGCAUGACUGCCGAGUUCUACCCCUCCAUACCUCUCUUCAUCUUCGGCGCUGUCCCCGUGGCCGCCAGCGCUGUCACUGCCCUGCUGCCAGAGACCUUGGGCCAGCCGCUGCCUGAUACAGUGCAGGACCUGAAGAGCAGGAGCAGAGGAAAGCAGAAGCAACAGCAGCUGGAACAGCAGAAGCAGAUGAUACCACUCCAGGUCUCAACACAAGAGAAGAACGGACUCUGAAAAUGGAGAGGGCGUCACACAGCACUAAAGGGAGUGGGGUUCUGCAGGUCCCACCAUCUAUGAGGAGGGGGAGUGAGUGGAGGGACUGGGCCAUCUAAAUGCGGAGCCUGCCAUUCAGAGAAAUGCCUCCCCAAAGGUCACUUCAAUAGACCUACUAGGAACAAAAGCUCUAACUGUGUGCAGCUUCUUAAGCAGAAUGAGCUCUUCCUCAGCCAUCUUCCAGCUCAGUGGUCACUCCUCCAGCUCCUGUCCCUUCCACCUCCAGGACAUUGCAAAGAAUCCCAGACAAUUAAAUAAAUUUCUUCUACCUUGGUCCCUCUCUCUUCUUCUCUACCUCUCCUAUCCAACCAUUUCUGUUUUAACUACAUGUUUUCUGUCUCUUCCCUUUGCAGAAAUCAGAAUUUAAUGAGAAACUGAAGUGAAAUCAGCAGUCAGAGGCUCUGCCCUGGGCUCUUCUCCUGCUGUAAGAGCAGACAGAAACUUCUAGCAGCAAAAGAGAUAGAUGCUUAUAGGCGUGAUGUCAGGAUCCUGUCCCCUGCAAGUUCAGACCACUAGCCAACCUAAUCUUUCCUGUGUUUGAUGGGUUUUCAACGUUGCUCUGCUUCCUGUAGGUUCAGGGGCUGGUGGAGGAGUGAGACGAGGACCAGACAGUAUUUAACAGCCAGGGAGACCAAACACUGAGUGUUAAUUAUAUGCCAGGUGGUAGCUUCAGCAAUUUAAAUGUAUUAAUUCAGUUUAUCCUCUUUGGUUUCAUUUUCUUAGUUUUCCUGAUAAGGGGUCUUAUCUAGCUAGUUAUUUUGUUAACUUGACACAGGCUAGAGUCAUUUGAAAGGAAAGAACCUCAACUGAAAAAAAAUGUCUCUAUAAGUGGCCUGAAGGCAAGCCUGUGCAGGGCAGAUUCUUAAUUAAUGAUCGAUGUAGGAGGAUUCAGACCACUGUUGACAACACUGCCCCUGGGAUGAUGGUCCUGUUUGCUAUAACAAAGCAAGCUGAGCAAGCCAGUGAGCAGUGUUCUUCCACAGCCUCUGCUACAGUCUCUGCCCCGACUUCCCACCAUGUCAGAGUGUGACCUGAGAGCUGUAAGAUGAAACAAACCCUUUCCUCUCUAAGUAGCUUUUGGUCAUGGUAUUUUGUCACAGCAAUGGAAAUACUAAGACAGGGUCUCAUCCCUAGCUGGCCUUGACCUGACUAAGUAGCUGAGGGUGACUUUGAACCUUGAGCCUUCUGCCUCCACCUCCCAAAUGCAAGCAUUCCAGGCGUGUGCCGCAAUGCUCAAAUCUGAAAAUAGUACCCUUUGAUUCCUAUCUUGGUCUCUUUUCAGUCAGUGUGUCAGGGACCUUGUAGCAUCUUCUGUGACUUGACCAAGAUGGAACACUCUGAAUUCUCAACUUCCUGGUCCUGGUAGAGUUCUCCUCCUGCUCAGGGCUUCACCUCAUCAUUCCAGGUUCCACACAGGCUUUUAGUCCAAAGCCCUUCCUUACAGGAUUUUUCCUCCUUCAAAGAUGUUUCCCGACCCCAGAGAGAUUUAGAGGACAGAGUCUCUACCAGCUAAGCUUCCUGCCCUAGAUCAGGCUGUGCAGAGGAACCCUAGACGAGGUCUACACAAACUCCUUGGAACUUUCAAUUGUGUGGCCUAAAACAUAAAUGACAUGCAGAUAUAAUUAAAUUAAUGAUUUCGAAGUGAAGAAACUAUCUUAAAUUAUUUGGGUUAGCCCAAUAUGAUUACAAAGGCAGUUAGACAGAUCAGUGGACAGCAGAUAUAACAGAAGAAUCAAGAGGGUGGAGUGACUCAAGAAGGAAUGAAAAAUAAAAAUCAGUUCAAGACAGAGACAAUAAGCUUCAAUUAGUUGUUAGCAAAUUAAAGUAACUUCUGAUCAUUUUCAAUCAAAUAGAUACAUUUAGCAUUAUCAAAUGAAUAAAUAUGUGGUAUGGGCCUCCAGGCCAAGGAAUGAAACUUCCGGGAGCUUAAAUAGGAAGGAAAUGGAUUCUUCUUUGAAACCACCAAAAGGAACACAUCCCUGUUGACAUAGCAACCUUCAAUAUCCAGCCUCUAACUAUACAAGAAUAAACUGGACUGUUUUAAGCCUC